AGUUUACAGAGGAACUACCACUGCUUUCGUAGAGGCAUUUUUUUAAAAUCAAAAACACACACUUCUUCCCGUCAAAACAGGCUGGGAUCUUGGAUGGAGUGAGUGUUGAGCCCGAAUGAGAUGACAGACCAGGGCAACAACAACCAGAACAUCUCCUGCAACCCCUUCGCUGCCCUCUUCAGCUCACUGGCUGAUGCCAGGCAGUUUGCAUCAGGCCAGAGACCAGAACAAUCUGCUGAACCACCAGUGGAGGACUCAGGAGAGAGCCAGUCAGAGUCAGAAAACUCUGUGUCAGACAGCGUUGAUGAUAAUGACGACUCCGUGGCAGAGAUCAGCCGCUCCUUCCGGUCCCGGCAGGAGCUGUGUGAACAGCUCAAUGUCAAUCACAUGAUCCAGCGAAUAUUUCUUAUCACUUUGGACAACAGUGACCCCAGUCUGAGGGGAGGUAAUGGGAUCCCCCCUCGCUGUGUUUACCUGGAGGAGAUGGCUGCAGAUCUGGAUGGACAGGACUGGCUGGACAUGGACAACAUAGAGCAGGCUCUGUUUAACCGCCUGCUGGUACUAGAGCCAGGAAACCACCUCAUCUACAUGACAUCAUGCAGUGCUGUUAACCUCUCCGCUGACCGUGAUGCUGGAGAGAAGUGUGCCAUCCCUUACCUUUUUGCUUGUUACCAGAGAGCCAAAAAAGAGGUUAAGAAGGUACCGGAGAAGUUACUGCCGUUUGCUGUUCGCUGUAAGAACCUGACAGUUUCCAACACACGGACGGUUCUGCUCACCCCAGAGAUCUACAUCAGCCAGAAUAUCUACGAACAGCUUCUGGACCUUCUCCUGGAAGCUUUCAGUGGAGCACAACCAGAGGAGGUGGUUGAGUUUGUGGAGGAGGUCAUUGCUGGCCUGCUCUCCGACCAGGAGGUGCGCACCUUCGAGGAGGUGAUGGUACCAGUGUUUGAUAUCUUCCAGGGACGUAUCAAAGACAUGGACCUGUGCCAGCCUCUUCUCUACUCUUACCUGGAUGUUCUGCUCUACUUCAGCCACAACAAAGAUAUUGCCAAGGUACUGGUGGAACACAUUCAGCCCAAAGACCCAGCUAAUGGUUUGCAGUACCAGAAGACCCUGCUGGGAACAGUGCUCAGUAUCUCCUGCUUGUUGAAAACCCCAGGUGUGGUGGAGGGACAUGGCUACUUCCUGAAUCCCUCCCGCUCCAGCGCCCAGGAGACCAAGGUCCAGGAGGCCAACGUCCACCAGUGCAUGGGUCACUUUCAUGACAAGCUUUACCAAAUCUUGAAAAACUUGCUGCAACGAUCUGGUGAGAUGCGCCACUUGCUGCUCUCGUGGUUGGGCAACUGUCUGCAGGCUAACGCUGGUCGGGCCAAGAUAUGGGCCAAUCAGAUGCCAGAGAUCUUCUUCCAGAUGUAUGCAUCAGAUGCGUUCUUCUUAAACUUGGGUGCAGCACUGCUGAAGCUGUGCCAGCCCUUCUGCAGGCCACGGUCACCCAAACUGCUAACCUUUAACCCCACCUACUGCGCCCUCAAAGAGCUGAGCGAAGAAGAGAGGCGCAAUCGCAAUGUGCAUGCAACAGGUCUCGACAAGGAAACCUGUCUGAUCCCUGUGCCCCCUCAGCAGCCCGUGGAGUCUGCACAGUCCUACAGCCUGCUGACUGAAAACCUCAUCCUCACGCAGCUCACCCUGCAUCUCGGCUUUCACAGACUCCAUGAGCAGAUGGUGAAGAUGAACCAGUCUCUCCACCGGCUCCAGGUGACGUGUCAGGAGGCCCAGCGAACAGGCAACCCGAUGACGGAGCAGCUCCUGGAGCAGUUUGAGCGCCUGAUGAUUGUUUACCUGUCAACCAAAGCUGCCACCACGCAGCCUGCCAUGCUGCAAUGCUGCCUUAACCUCCAAGCCUCCACCGCUGCUCUGCUGGUGCAGCUUAGUAUGGGGAACCAGGGGCCUGAACAUGUAGCACUCAGUUUCCCCUUGCCCUCCCUACAGAAUACUAUGCUCUGCUACGUACCAGAGUUCUUUGCAGAGAACUUGGGGGAUUUUUUCAUCUUCCUGCGUCGAUUUGCAGACGACGUUUUGGAGACCUCUGCAGAAAGUCUGGAACAGAUCCUUAACUUCAUCACUGUCUUCAUGGGUAACGUAGAGAGAAUGAAGAACCCUCAUUUAAGAGCAAAGCUUGCAGAGGUCUUAGAGGCGGUGAUGCCCCACAUGGAGCCGGUGGCUCCUGGUGCUGCUCAGCCAAUCGUGUACCAGCGAGAGAGAGUCUUCUGUUCCUAUAGACACGCGCCUCAGCUGGCCGAGGCCCUCAUCACUGUGUUUGUAGACAUUGAAUUCACAGGUGAUCCUCAUCAGUUCGAACAGAAAUUCAACUACAGAAGACCCAUGUAUCCUAUCCUUAAGUACAUUUGGGGCAAAGAUAACUACAGAGAGAGUAUCAAGCAUUUGGCGCACUAUGCAUCUGAGAACCUGGAGGCCAUGAACCCCCCUCUGUUCCUCAGGUUCCUCAACUUACUGAUGAACGAUGCCAUCUUCCUACUGGAUGAGGCCAUUCAGUACCUGAGUAAAAUCAAGGUCCUGCAGCUAGAGCGGGAUCGAGGGGAGUGGGAGGGCCUGGCCCCUGAUGCCCGAAGAGAGAAGGAGUCGAGCCUGCAGAUGUUUGGACAGCUGGGACGCUUCCACAACAUCAUGUCUAAUGAGACCAUCGGCACACUGGCCUUCCUCACAUCAGAGAUAAAGGGGAUCUUUGUGCACCCCUUCCUGGCUGAGAGGAUCAUCUCCAUGCUGAAUUACUUUCUGCAGCACUUAGUUGGUCCUAAGAUGGGUGCCCUUAAAGUCAAGGACUUCAGUGAAUUUGACUUCAAGCCCCAGCAGCUUGUUUCUGACAUCUGCACCAUCUACCUGAAUCUGGGUGAUGAAGAGAAUUUCUGUGCUACAGUCCCAAAGGAUGGACGAUCGUACUCUCCUACACUCUUUUCCCAAACAGUUAGGGUACUGAAGAAGAUAAACAAGCCUGGGGACAUGAUUGUGGCUUUUGGACUCCUUGCUGAUAAAAUAAAGUCCCAUGCAGACAGACAGCAGCAGGAGGAGGAGACGUAUGCAGACGCACCAGAUGAGUUCUUGGAUCCCAUCAUGUCCACCCUGAUGCUCGAUCCCGUUCUUCUUCCUUCCUCCAAUGUCACAGUUGACCGCUCCACUAUAGCAAGGCAUCUCCUCAGUGACCAGACAGACCCUUUCAACCGCAGUCCUCUAACCAUGGACCAGAUCAGGCCAAACGAGGAGCUCAAGCAGCAGAUCUUACAGUGGCUGGAUAAGCAUAAGCAGGAGAGGCUGCAGCUGGGUCCCAGUGGCUAGCCAGGAUCCCUCGCUGUGAUAAACAAUGAGUGCAUCCCUGUUUUCUUCCCCGGCUCACAUCUCGCGUGCUCCUCUGCUUCUCGGCUAAUCCAUGGUGUGCUGCCUCUGGAUUUCCUCUGACUCCUCCGGUCAGGCUAACAUUGCAUUAAACUUUACAUGCAGCCUUCAUGCUCAGUGGAUUCUCUCUGUGACAGCAGUCCAGGAAAACUGUAGCCCGCCGGCUGGUGACAACUUCAAAAUCCAUACCGAUCCACGCAGUAGCUGCUCGACUCCCAUGAUGCCCUAUGGCAACAGAAGUAGGGUUCCUCUCUCCCUGAAUACUGUGUAUUAAUUAGUAACUAUUACAAUCAGAACUGUGGCCAGAAGUAUCAGUCUCAACAGGACUUGUUGAUUGUACUGUAUGAACUUCUGACUGACCAGCUGGCCCUAACCAGAUUUUAUACUGCAAGGUAAGUAUUUUUGGGAAGUCUUAAGGCAGAACAUGAGUGGAAUUGUUUCUGAUUUGACUUUAAUUUCACUUUUAUGAAGACUGCAUAAUGCACUGCCCUUUAAAGUUCUUGAACACCCUACAUUUUAGCACUUUUGGUUAAAUCUCAAGCAGCAUUGUAAAUAAAGUUAGCAAUUAAAGGCAAGGCACAGGUCAAACUGAA